AUGCGCUGGCUGUCCGCAUAUGGAACGUUUGUUCCAAAGCGACUCCCGGUUUUCAUCUGUCUCCUGCUUCUUAUCAUUCCGGCGUUGGCCGACUUUACAACCCCGGAGUUCCAUUGCAGACUGCUCUCCACUUUUCUACCGCAGAAUGUUUUCUUUCCUGGCAGCGAGAACUACAACGCUUCAACGGCCUCGUACUACUCACUACAGACACGGCUAAGCCCCACUUGCGUUGUCGUCCCAUCCACCGCUGAAGAUGUGUCUACCGCAGUCAAAACGCUAGCUGAGCUUCCUGAUGCUAUAUUCGCUGUCCGUGGUGGCGGGCACUCGCCCAAUAUUGGGUUCGCAGACACCGAGUAUGGCGUUACAAUUGACUUGUCACGAUUAAAUCAUGUCAAUACAAAUGAAGAUGGUACCGUCGCUUCUGUGGGCCCGGGCGCCAGGUGGACAGAAGUCCAUAGGGCUCUUGACCCUCUAGGGCUAGACGUUGUUGGAGGAAAGAUUGGCACUGUGGGCGUGGGCGGCUUGAUCACUGGAGGUGGAGUUUCAAACUUCUCUCCCAUGCGCGGCUGGGCCUGCGAUAAUGUGCUGAACAUGCAAGUUGUACUUGCAUCUGGUGAGAUAGUCGAUGUCAACGACGAAGGUGAAUAUGCCGACCUCUUCGUUGCACUCAAGGGAGGCCAAGGUAAUUUUGGCAUCGUCACUCGCUUUGACCUGCGCCCAUUUCGCCAGGAUCCAUACUGGGGAGGCCUUAUCUUUUAUCCCUCAUCAACAGAGCAGGCUCAGGUGGACGCAUACGCGGAGUUCAGGGAACGGGCCAACCAUGAUUCUCGUGCUGAAGUUGAGCAGAACUUCAUGUACCUAUCCUCAGAUGACGGCAGCGGUGAUCCGUUUUGCAUGAACAACAUGUUUUACUCAGAGCAGGUGAGGAAUCCCAGUGCGCUGCGUAUGUUCAGCGAUAUCCAACCACAAUUUAACAAUACCAUGCGAAUUUCCAACUCGACCGACUUCACCGAGGAACUGGGAACAAAUCCAUUUCCUCAUAACCGGUACCUGAUCCAAGCUUGCACGACCUUCCGCUUCAGUCCAGCGAUCCUCCCUCAAAUACUCAAGCUUUGGAUAGGCUACCGCGACGAAAUGCAAAGCGCCCGCAUUCCAAACAUUAUGCUUGCGUUGACUAUCCUCGAUGUCCCGGUGUUAUUACCAACCUCUCACAACAGUCUCGGAUUUCCCCGAGGUAGUCAGCCGGACAGAGAACUUGCCCUUGGCCUAAUUUCAGUUUACUGGUUAAGCGAUGAAUACUCCUCAAUGAUGGAGCGUGCUACACGGACCCUCUUGCACGACAUAGACGUUGUCAUAGCAAAGAACGGUCUUUCAUACCCAUAUCGAUAUAUAAACUACGCCAAUUCCGCUUAUCAGGAUCCGCUUCGUGGUUAUGGGAGAAAGAGUUUGCAGCAUCUAGUCCGUAUGUCGAAAAAGUAUGAUCCAAAUAGGGUAUUCCAGGAGAAGGUGCCUGGGGGAUGGAAGCUUCCUCUUGAUGAAUUUUCCUGA